AUGAGAGAAAACGCUGGAAUGACAACAUUUAGAGCACAGAAAUAUGUUGUCAAGGUCAUGAUUUUACAGGUAAAUGCUUUUAACCUUGUAGAGAAAGUUAUUGCCAUUUUUCAUUCUGUAAAAAAAGUUAAUGCUAUUUUUUCAAUUUUCAGGCCUUCUACCCCCUAAUACUCUAUUUCGUGCCAGUAUUUAUAUUAAUGUACUCGAUAUUAACCACCACCCCAUUUGACGUUAUUGGCUACGUUUGUUCAAUGUCAGUUCAACUUUUCACCCUCCUCAGCUCAUUAUCAGUACUCGUACUGAUACCAACUUAUCGAAAAACAUUGAUUCAUCGACGUGCCAGUCUACAUGUUACAGCAACCAAAAUUUAUACGAAUGAUGGCACCUUUGUUGAUCAUUAG